ACGCCAUGUGAUCAUUUCCUCCAAAAGUCCCUAAAUAGAGAAUAUUUCAACAAACAUUGCACGAGGUCGGAGAUUAAAACAACUUUUAGAAUACGUCCCAACCAUGCCGGUUGAUACAAAAAGGGUACGUGGUCCGGAGGUCUCUCAAAGUCCAUCUCUCUUUCUGUGUAAAACCGCAGCAAAUAAGUCAUUUACUCAGAAAGACGCAAGGGUAGAUGGUAGGCAACGUGGUCAAGUGGAUGUCCGAUCCGUUUUUGUUCGAUGUGGGUUGAUCAGUCAAGCCAAAGGUUCAGCCUACAUUGAAGCCGGGAAUACGAAACUCAUCUGCUGUGUUUACGGACCGAGAGAGAUGGAGCGCAAGGAUGAGACCGAUAUGAAAUCCGGUAGACUCAUGACUGACAUGAGAUUUGCACCUUUCUCUUGUCGAGAGAGGGGUUCGUGGAUUCAAGGUAGCGAUGAAAAGGAUUUGUCGCUGAUGCUGUUAGAGAGCCUGAGACCAGGAGUGUGUUUACACAAGUACCCUCGCUCUCAGAUUGAAGUGAAUGUGAUGGUCCUAGAAAACGACGGCUCCGUUUUGGCACAUGCAGUCACCUGUGCGUCUAUGGCGCUUGCGGACGCGGGCAUUGAGAUGUACGAUCUUGUUCUUGGAUGUUCAAUCCGUCAAGAAAGUGCCACAUACCUCAUCGACCCAACCUAUCUGGAGGAAAAUGGAUGCAACUUGGCAUCUGGAUCUGGGGAUAAUUUCGGUAGCCUAACGGUUGCAUUUCUGCCUAGUUUGAACCAGAUUUCUGGACUGCAGUCGGAUGGCGAGAUGGGUGAGGACAUCCUGACUGGGGGUGUGCGCACUUGCAUUGAAGGGUGCUUCAAACUGUACCCUGUCAUUCAGCAAGCUCUAACCAAGGCUGUGCGAAGAAAAGCACCACCAUCAGAAAACUGAUCGACUGUAGUGUUUCAUUAUGUCAGGCUUCAUAGAUUUGAUUAAUGCUUUUGUAAAAAUAUGACAUUUCUCAUUUUACUGUUUGUUUUGACAGAAUUACUUCAUACAUACACUUAUAAAGAAAUCAUUUAUUAAAAAUGUACGCUCAG